GUGGCGAGUGUGUGUAACCACAAAUGCGCGUGGGAAGACUAGAAUGAGGAACGACACAUUCAAAAUCGCAGGGUCUUAUGAAGUUUCUUGAAGGGUAUGUUCAGCCAAACUUAACAAACAAACUUAACUCACAAGUAUAAGUUGGUCUAGACGCUGACCAAUGGAUCCGACAUUUAGAACUUUUCAACAGGUCCACAGCCGAUAAAGACGGAUCAAAAGAUGCAGCAGGACCCGGUGUAUGACUUCCCAGAGGCCCCGGCGGUGGGCGAGAGGCGUGCGUGCCCCCAGCGGGGCUCCCUGAAGAGCAUCAGCGUGCUGGACCGCCUGCUGCUCACACACCCCGUCUGGCUGCAGCUCUCCAUCAACUCAGCCACCGCCCUCCACAUCCUACAGAGGGAACCCCCGGGGACGUUCCUGGUGCGCAAGUCCAACACGUCCCAGAAGAAGGUGCUGUGCGUAAGGCUGGCAGAUGACAGUGUGCCCUCCUUCGUCAAGCAGUUUGUCAUCCGGGAGGAGGACUCAACUUUCUCAUUGGAUAGCUCAGCCAUACGCUUCCCUGACCUGUGCCGCCUCAUUGCCUUCUACUGUGUCAGCCGGGAUGUUCUGCCAUUCACUCUUGAACUGCCGGAGGCCAUAGCAAGAGCCUCAUCACACAAACAGCUGGAGUCCAUCUCUCACAUGGGUGUCGAGUUCUGGAGCUCGCAGUUAAACUUCCGCGGCCCCCGUAACGGCCCUCCCCCCACGAAGUCCUCCGAGCCCGACCCCCCAGCUCCCCCCCAGCUCCCUGCCAUCACCCCCGAGGCCUGCAUGACGCCCAUAGAGAACCCCACGCUGUUUGAGGAGUUCUGCCCUAUCCGCACGCGCAGCCCGCGGGAGCUGGACAUCGGCAGGGGCCAGGGGGCGCUGUGCUUCAUCAACCCCCUCUUCCUGCAGGACGAGCCAGCACGCAGCGCCCUGCACCGCCGACACCGCUUCAAGCGCAGCAUCAAGGUGCGGGUCUCUACGGAAACCAGCAGCCUCCUCUCUCCGCCCGUCGCCCCGCCACCCCCGCCCCCGCUGCUGGCCAAGAAGAGGGGCAAAGGGGUGCGGCAGACGGCCACCGAGGGGGAGCAGCAGGAGGGGGUGCAUGGGCCAAAGGCCGCUGGGAGCCAGGGGGAGACCACCGCCGCGGGCACUGCCAGGGAAGGGGCCUGCCAAGAGGAGGACUCCGACUACCUCCACCCGGCGGUGGCUCUGCCGCCCAAGAAGCACACGCUGGUGUCACCCACCCUGUCCCCUACCGCCGAGGAGGACGAUUACCAGAUGCCCAAGGCUCUACUGCAGAAAAGACAGCAGCAGCAGCAGGCAAGGCAAGAGGAAGAGGAGCAAGAAGAAGAGGAGGAUGAAGAGGUGGACUACCUGAGCGAGGAGCUACCUGAGGAUGCUGGCCUGGUGUUGGAGCAGAGUCGCGCCCCGUCCCUGAGCGAGCUGGAGAGUAGCAGCUCCAUCAGCAGCCUGGACGAGAGCCCUGAGCGAGAAGAGGGGGAGAGGGAUCGCCCUCCCCUCUCCAGGGGCACCAGCGCCCCCGUGGCUCCCAGCCCCCCUCCACCAACACAGCUUCAGCCGGUCUCUGCCCUGCGUAAGAUGUCCGCCGCCUUCGUCUCCUUCUUCAUACCAGAGAAGCGUGUGGGGCGCAUGGUGGAGGAGCUGUCCCGCGACCGGCACCUGGCCUUCGGGAGCCUGGUCCAGGACUUCCUGAGGGGCCAGAGGGAGAGCCUGAGCCGCAGCCUGAGGACCAAGCAGCAGCGCAAGAGGAAGGAGGAGCAGGAGGUGCGCACAGGGGAGCAGGGUUCCCUGGCGGCCGUGGAUGUGCUGCAGGCCAUCCGGCACUUCCUGUCCCAGGCCAAGGCCUUCCUGCUGGACUGUGGGGAGCUGGAGCCCCCCAUCGAGACACUCCUGCCGGAGGAUGAGAUGGAGCAAGCCCUGGAGAAGGCCAUGUUCCGGUGCGUGCUGAAGCCGCUGCGAGGCCUGCUGGAGGAGGCUCUGCAGGACCUGCACGUUCGAGACGGCUCGUCCCAGCUCAUGGUCGAGAGCCUGGGAAGGGCGCGGGACCGCUCCCCCCUGCAGCUGUUCGGCGUGCAGGUCAACGUGCCCGACGCCCAGGGCAUAGAGAAGGUGCGGCAGAAGCUGGGCGUGAUGCGGCGGGCCUACUCGCCCAUCGACAAGGUGCUGCAGCUGCUGCAGGUCUGCAAGCUCAUCUACAAGGCCAUGAGCAAGGACAAGCGGAAGGAGUUUGGUGCGGAUGACUUCCUGCCAGCUCUCUCCUACGUGCUGGUGCAGUGCAACAUGCCAGAGCUGCUGCUGGAGGUGGAGUACAUGAUGGAGCUGCUCGAUACCCCCUGGCUCACUGGGGAAGGUGGCUACUACCUGACCAGCGUGUACGCCAGCCUAUGCCUGAUCCAGAGUCAGCCCAGCUGUCCGCCCGCCAGCGGUUUGACCAGAGUGGCCCGCGAGUCCCUCAAGGAGUGGAGCCAUCGCCGCAGCAACGACUCCCGGAGAGGGCCAGCUCUGCAACAGACAUUUGUGAAAGUCCUGUUCCAGAGUGACGAGGAGAGCAGCCUGGUGAAGACGGUGCAGUGGCAGAAGGGGGUCAACGUGGAGGGCUUAGCCCAGCUCUGUGCUGCCAAGUUCGGGGUCGCGGAGCCGGAGGAGUAUGGCCUCUUCUGGAGGAAAGACGGGGAGGUUGAACCUCUUUCGCCAGAUUCCAAGAUCGAGGACUUUCUGUCCCUGGACAGUAGUAGUAGUGGAGCACCUCUGAUCUACCAGCCCCAGAAUGCGGACUCCAGGUCACGAAAACUGACCAGAAGAGGCGCUGUUGACCUGGAAUCAUAAUGUGGUCUGCUUUGUCAAAAAGACUUUAACGUUUACUACAUUAGGCAAACACUUCCAUUUGACUUUUUAUUGUUCAUUAGUAGUGAAUCCUGUCAGACAUUUCAGCCCAGGUGGUAAAUGUUACAUUGUUUCAUGAACUUACUAUACAUAUUUUACAUGACUUGCACUGAUAAGAUCAAUGUUUUCAGGGUCAUCCAUAUACUGUAUAGUAAUAGUCUGCAUUAUGGUGAAUGAUUACUAAUGACAAGAUGUGGAAGAGCCACAGUUACGGUUGCAAAACUUGCUGUAAAUAUACAUUGAUUUUACGUAUUCGUAUUAUAUUUAAAAUUAGGUGGUGUUUUUUGGCAUGUGUUGUAUUAUAUGUAUAAAUGGAAACAUGGUGAUUAUUUAUUGUACUACAGCCUUCUUCUCCACUGGGACCAAGCAUGGCUCUGUUUGGAGACAGAACGACUAAGUUCUGGUAGACUUCAACUUCUUUCCUAACCACUAGUGACGUCAUUGAGAACAAAACUAUUUUAGUCUGAGACCAACUUUCAUUUCAAUACCCAUUUCCUCCUUGGUUUAAACAACUGCUGCUACAAUUGAGUAAUCCUCACUCACAAGAUGUUGGACUGUACUUCAACAUUUCAUGCUUAAAAUUCCAGGGGCUCCCUCCCACUCAUGUCACAGGCAUGUUGCUCCAAUAUUUCAAGAUCAACAUGGAUAUUAUGAAUCUUAUCUUAUUACAUGUAAAUUAUCAUGCAUCAACAUCCUUAGAAUUCACGUCAUCAGGAGUAGACAGGUGAGGAUCAAGACAAUCCACACAUACUGUAUAUGAAUCAAUUGACAGACAAGGAAUUAUUUCAAAAUUGUUAUUUUUAUGGACUCUUACUAUUGUGCAAACCUAGUGCACUUAACAGCGUACUGGUUAUUAUUGAGACUUGUUCAACAUGUUUCCAUGCACAAUGACUGGAGCAUAAUUAUCAGCCACUUCACUGGAGACAUGAAGCCGAUUGUAUAAUCUGUUUAACAGGAUCUGCAUUUGGCAUGGACAGAGCCCUACAUAAACACACAGAACUGGCAGAGAGAAAGCCCCAUGAGACUACUCUUGCUUUGCUCUUGGAAUAUUUCAGUAAUUUUAGUCCUUGUUCAUCUCCAGCCAUCACCCAUCUUGCCAAAUGUUACUCUUGUUCUGGUUCAGUGUGAAAUAAAGCCUUCAUCUCAG